AUGGCCCUAAGCUCUACCUCCUCCUCCACGGCCAUGACGCACCGCUUCCUGGGGAACUCUGGGCUGCUCGUCUCCAAGCUGUCGCUCGGGUCCUGGGUGGACUACAACGACAAGUACACGGUGGAUGGCUGGUACGACAUGAUGAAGAUCGCGUUCGAGCACGACGUCAACUUCUACGACACCGCCGAGAUGUACGGCAACGGCCAGGCCGAAGAGCUGCUCGGAGGCGCCAUCAAGAAGGGCAUCAAAGAAGGGCUCUUCACCGGGACCAAGGGUGUUAUGCAGGGCGGCCCAAACGACGAAGGUGUGAGCCGCAAACACAUCGUGGAAGGGUUGAAGGCGUCCCUGCGCCGCCUGGAGCUCGACUACGUGGACGUGGUGUUCUGCCACCGCUUCGACGCCUACACCCCGAUCGAGGAGACCUCGCAGUACAACAUCCUCGAGCGCAACAAGGUGGAGUUCGAGUGCCUCGAUCUGUACAAGAACGCCGGGAAGCCGGAAGGAUCGCGAUACACGACGUCCAUGUUCGCCACGGGCCCCUUCUCCGAGGGGUUCGCCGAACGCGUCGAGAUGGCGGACAGACUCGUGCCCAUUGCGAAGGAGCUGGGCACGUCGCUCGCUCAGAUGUCGAUCGCGUGGGCGGUCUCGAAUGAGAACGUGUCGACUGUUCUGCUGGGAGCCAGUCGGCCGGCACAGCUCGAGGAAAACUUGAAGGCGCUGGAAGUCGUGAGCAAGAUCACACCCGAGGUCAAGGCGAAGAUUAAUGCUGCCGUCAAGUUCGUGCCGACCGAGCCCAAGUUGGACCAGUUCGCACACAGUCGUGGCCGCCACUUGUAG